CUCGAAAACAAGUGCGCCCGAGCAUAUACAAGAAAGCGAGUGUACGAGCGAGUUUAAAUUAAAAAUAAAUAAAUAAAAAAAAAUUUUUUUUUUCUAUCGGUUCGAUUUGCAAAUCCGUCAAAUAAAUUCACAAGUGCCAAAAUGAGGGCUUUAAUUGUGUUGCUUUUGACGUGGGCAUAUUCGGCAUCGGCAAGACCGGAACCACCAUCAUCUUAUUUUCCACCAUCCGGAGGCGGCGGUGGCGGUGGUUAUCCAUCAUCAAUAGGCGGAACAGGUAGCGGUGGAAGUUAUGGUCCACCACCAGUGCAACCAUCCUCGAGUUAUGGACCACCGCAACGACAACCUGUUAUUCAUAAACAUGUUUACGUUCAUGUACCACCACCUGAGGCACCUGAAUAUAAAGCCCCAAAAUACAUUGCCCCCGCUCCAGCUCCACAAAAACAUUACAAAAUUGUAUUUAUAAAGGCACCAACACCUCCAACACCAACGGCACCGGCACUACCACCACUACCACCUCAAGAUGAGGAGAAAACAUUGAUUUAUGUCCUCGUCAAGAAACCCGAAGAAGCACCGGAAGUUAUUCUUCCCACACAGGCACCAACUCAACCCAGUAAACCGGAAGUCUAUUUCAUUCGAUACAAAACUCAGAAAGAGCAGCAAAAUACGGAAUAUGGUCCACCACCUGCUUCAGUACCAGUUGAUAGUUACGGACCACCAAGCAGUGGUCCUUACUAAAAAUUAUAGAAUAAAAAUGAGGGACCAUAAAAAAAAUAAAUGUACUGAAAAGGUACUUUUAUACUCAGUAUAAGAAACCAAAAUGUCAUUAUUUUUGAUUUUAAUUUAAAUUUGUCUUCUAAAUAAUAGUGAUUAAGAAGAAUUCGUUUUAUUUAAAUGGAAUUAAUUUUUUUUAUUUACAUUUUUGAAAAAAAAAAAUUUAUUCCAUUCAUUAUACAUAUAUUUUUUUAAUAAUUAAUAAAGAAAUUUAAUUAAUUUUUUCUAAUCAAAAAUAUUGAAGACAAAAAUACAUUUUGGCCUCAGACUGAAGUACUCGAAAUUAUGUGAGACUAAAAACUGUACAUAAAUUAGCAAUUAUGAGGGAAUAAUUAUUGUAUAUGUAAUCAAUCAUCACAAACGUUAUAUAAUAUACAUGUUCAUUAUUGUGUCAUUGGAUGAUUUUGUUAAUCGAUAUUCAUUUUAUAAUUUUUGUGCUCUAUGCACAAAGUGCAUUUUUUUUAUUUUUAUACAAAGAAAAAACAUGUAUACGUAUAGGAAUUUUUAAUAAAAUAUUUUUUUUUUUAUUUUUCUACAGCCUCUUAGUUAUAGAAAAUUACAUUUUAUACUUUUUUUUUUAAUUUAAAUAAAAACAGCAAAUAAUGCAAA